CGCCCUUGUGGACGGCCGCGGGCGGCCUGCGGUGGUGCGCGGGGCCAGCCGGGUGCACCGCCCUGCGCGCCGUGCUGCGCAGGCGCCGCCGCCCGCCCGGGCCGCCCUCCCUCCCCCUUCCCUGGCGGCGGGCAUGUCAUGGGACAGGGGCGCCCCGACGCCCGUCGUGCCGAACUCGGACCAGGCGAGGAUGAACCCGGAGGGGUCGCGGGGCGGCCCUGCUGCAGCUUGCUGCCGCUGCGGUGGCGGAUGCCGCCGCCGCUGCCGCUGCCGGUCCCCAUCGACAAGGGGCCGCCCUGGAUGUGCCCUUGUGGCAAGGUGAACGUGUCCAAGGCAACGCACUGCAUGAAGUGCAGCGCCUUGCGACCAGAGGAAAAAAUGCUGCGCCAGCAGGCACGCAUGUUCCAAGGCUUGGGCAGGGGUGGCGGCUACUUCGAGCGGGCAGAGGCCACCCAGCGCAACGAGGCAGAGGAGGAAGAGGACGAGUUCGAUGUCUUCGGCCGCCGCAAGAGAGGGAGGGCCACGGCGUCCGGCGGCGGCAGAGAGGCGCCCGCGGCAGUGGAGAGCGCGGGCGACGCGGCAGUGGAGCAAGGUGGCGCGGCGCCCAGCAUCCCAUCGACGUUGUACCGUUGUACCCGCCAGAGCGACGGCGACUACGCACUCGGCCUCGCGUGA